GGCAAUCUUUGCUCAAGCAACCUCCAAGAAACAAGUCCCGCUUGCGACUUGCCUUCUGUAGCUCACUGCAGCUUUGCGCCUGUGCCGCGCUUCCAUUCACAAAAAAACACCUGCAACGUUCUAGUUGCAGCACUACUACAUAUCAGGUCAGAAAUGACUUCUACGACAAACUCCGGCUCCUUGAUGUACGACAUCCUUGAGGUGCUGCAUCCGCUGGCGUCCGAGUUCGUGAUGUUCGCGUUGGCCGCCAUCAUCUACCUUCUCUCCACACGGGCUUUCAUGGUGCCAGACAAGCGCAAGAAGAAAGCAGGAGCCAUCGAGAAGGUCGCCGAGGUGGAGGAAUCUUCUCGGAAGGGCCGUGAACCUCGCAAGCUCUGGAAGAAGGAGAUGGAGGAGACGUCUCACGUUUAUCACUCCAUCUUGCAACAUGCUAAGAACGGUGACGCCCCGCAAGCGCUGUCGGCGCUGGCAGCCCUGGAGGCACCAGCCAAGGCUUCUUUGCCCCAGUCGGUGGCAACGAAGGUUCUUUUGACAUUGGCCAGGUCGUCGGACUUGUGCGAGAACCUCAUGCACAAGUUUAUGGACCUGUCUGCUUUCUUCGAUGUGCGCGUCUUCGAGGCUGCUGCUGCGGAGGCUUCCCGUUGGCGCAGUAUCCAGGCUUGCCGACAGCUCUUCCAUCUUGCAGGUGUGGCGUCGAUCCACAAGACGGAGAAGCUGCUGGUGCUCUUGGUUCGAGGUCACUCCAACGACCAGGAGGCCAUGCACGCCCUGCUCCAGGAGAUCCUGGCUCAGUCAGGAACGACCCUGGCACGCUCCACGUUGGAGGCGCUCGCAGCGCAGUGCUCUGCUGCGAGCAAUCGCAAGUCGGCCAAGCUGUUGCAGGAGCAGCUUGAUGCGACAGGGUCCGGCCACGACGCCGGCCGGCAGGCGCGCAUGAUCAGCAACUACGGCAAAGAAGGGAACCUCGCUGCUGCGCUCGACAUCUUCGAAAAGUUAAAGGAGUGCGGCGGAUUGACGGUUCUU